CAUCUUCAACGGCCAUGUUGGCCGGAUCCGUAACGUCUCUGGCAGCGUGGUGAACAUAAAGUGAACAAUGGCCAUGCUGAAAAUCACAGAAGCCACACAAUACAAUCUCAGCACGAAACUCGACUAGUCAUGCACUUCUACCAAUCUCUUACUACUUUGACGGCCUUGUACAGUCUAUGCGAGGCUAUACCAUUGACAACGGCCGACAUUCAAGGCAAACAAACAUUUACCCUUGAUCAGAUACCAGGCGUCAACUCGUCCAGGCAAGCUCCUGCUCAGAAGCUCCUCAAUGUCUACGCAAAGUAUGCAAAGUCAGGAGCCUCAGCACCACCUGCUGUUCAAAAAGCUGCAGCCUCAUCAUCAACAGCGAGUGUUGCUGCCUCACCCGAGGUCUAUGAUCAAUCCUAUCUCUGUCCAGUCACCGUAGGAGGCAACACUUUGAAUCUGAACUUCGACACAGGAAGCGCAGAUCUCUGGGUAUAUUCAAAUUUGCAAUCUUCCUCACAGCGAUCCGGACACUCGUACUACAACUCGAAGAAUUCCAACCUGAUGGGUGGAUAUACCUGGGCGAUCACUUACGGAGAUGGUUCAGGUGCGAGCGGCAAAGUCUUUGCAGACAAGGUCGUGGUUGGAAGCGCCACAGCUACGUCACAAGCGGUUGAAGCAGCGACAUCAGUCUCGGACAGCUUCAUCUCGGACACAAACAGUGACGGUAUUCUCGGAUUGGCUAUGAGCUCUGCCAACACUGUCAAGCCAAACCAGCAGAAGACCUUUUUCGAUACCGUCAAGGGCCAGCUUACCAAGCCAGUCUUCACCGCAGACUUGAAGAAAGGAGCACCAGGCACCUACGACUUUGGUUUCAUCGACACCUCAAAGUACACUGGCAGCAUCACAUACACCAACCUGAACACCAAUGGUGCUUUUUGGCAAUUCAACGCAGCCGGAUAUGUCAUCGGUAGUGGCGCCACAGUCAGCAAGACAUACAGCUGUGUAGUCGACACUGGAACCAGUCUGUUGGUUUUGCCCCAAGACGUGGUCAACGCAUACUACAAGCAAGUCUCGGGUGCCAUGUACAGCGACUACCAAGGUGCCUGGAUCUUCCCUUGCAACUCGAAGCUUCCAUCUUGGAGUCUGGUCGUCAAUGGCAAGCUAGUCACUGUACCAGGGUCUUACAUGAAUUUCGCCAACUUGGGCAACAACAAUUGCUAUGGUGGUAUGCAAUCAAACACUGGCAUUGGUUUCAGCAUUCUUGGUGACGUUUUUCUAAAAAGUCAGUUCGUGGUAUUUUCGCAGAUGAAUGCCAAACCACAGGUGGGAUUCGCGGCCAAGAAGCUGUAAGAGGUGAACUUGGUCACAAAAGCGCAGGUUGCAGUGGUUGACAGAUUGAGCUGCUGGUCAGCAAAUCGUUCCGACAUUCAGGCUUUUUUUGUUCCUCAUUAUUUUUUUGCAUCGUAGAUCUCAUGUACAUAUUUCAUCUUCAUUCUACGUUUCAAGUUCAUCCAACAAAUGCCCCA